CCUUCAUAUAUACUCCUCCUUUCAAUCUCUAAACUAAUAUAUACAUUUUCUUCAAUUUCCUCCACUCUCCCUCCACAAAAGAACUUCCACAAUGAAGCCACAAGCUUCCUACCAGAAGAAGAGCUCAAUCUCCUUUUACAUCAUCUCCUUCUGCUUUGUCUUCUUCGUUGUGAUCCUUUAUGGUGAAGAUUUCAGUUGCAUCCUUAAGCAAUCAACGUUGAAUUUGCAGGAGCCUGAAGAGGAGAAACCAGAACAGCUUCUUCCAUUGCAUGUUGAGCAAGAGAAGGAUUUAGUGCUGCCUUUUGCGGUAGAGAGGGGAGAAAAGGAAUGCAAUUUGUUCAGUGGGAGUUGGGUUUAUGAUGAAGAGACAAGACCUCAAUACCAGGAGGAAGAGUGCCCUUAUAUACAGCCUCAGCUUACUUGCCAAGCUCAUGGGAGACCUGACAAAGGCUAUCUUCAUUGGAGAUGGCAGCCUCAUGAAUGUGAUUUGCCAAGCUUCAAUGCCACCUUCAUGCUCGAGAAGCUCCGAGGAAAGAGAAUGAUGUUCAUUGGCGACUCCUUAAACCGUGGCCAGUAUGUCUCACUGGUCUGCCUCCUCCAUCGAUCCAUCCCUGAAAACGCAAAAUCCAUGACGACCAAUGGUUCUCUCACCAUCUUCACAGCCAAGAACUACAAUGCCACAAUUGAGUUCUACUGGGCACCAUUCCUAGUUGAAUCAAACUCAGAUGACGCCAUUGUGCACAGAGUACAGGAUCGAAUUGUUAGAGUUGGAUCCAUUAACAAGCAUGCUCGGCAUUGGAAGGGCAUAGACAUUAUGGUCUUCAAUACAUAUCUGUGGUGGAUGACAGGACAGAAGAUGAAGAUUCUUCGAGGUUCCUUCGACAGUGAGACGAAGAACAUCACUUUGAUGGUGACGGAGGAUGCUUAUAGAUUGGCUGUGAGGAGAAUGAUGAGGUGGGUGGAGCAUAACAUGGAUCCCAAAGAAACCAGAGUGUUCUUCGCAAGCAUGUCUCCUUGUCAUGAGAGGAGUGAAAAUUGGGGCGGUGAGGCUGGGGGAAACUGCUAUGGAGAGACAAAGCCUAUAGAGGAUCCGAAUUACUGGGGGGUUUGCUCAAGAAAGAGCAUAAUGAGUUUGGUUGGAAAUUUGUUCACUGGAACAAAGAUUCCAGUGACAGUUCUUAAUAUCACUCAGCUCUCUGAUUACCGAAAGGACGCUCACACUUCCAUCUACAAGAAACAGUGGAACAAGCUGACACCAGAGCAGCUCGCCAACCCAAAGAGCUAUUCUGACUGUGUACAUUGGUGCUUGCCUGGUCUUCAAGAUACAUGGAAUGAGCUCUUGUAUGCUAAGCUCUUCUUUCCUUAGAUACAGUGCUUGAUCUUUUUUCAACGAUUUAUGGAAGUGCUCGGCCUUGGUUUUUGUAUUUUUUGAUUUGUUGUUGAUGUUUAAUGUUGUGCAGUUCUAAUAGGACAGUUCAAAUUUUCUCUGACAUUGGAGAGAUUGCUCUCACAAAUGCGUUGAUUUUUCUGCAUUACAUUUUGAAGGGUUGGACUGUCU